UGUUGUCUCCCUGAUCCAGGAAAUAAUUUCUGAGAAUUUAUACAGUACCUUUUAUAAGUCCUGUUUAAAUAAAACUUCCUACGAGAAAUUGUGCACAUUAAAAUUCACAAGAGAUUGCACCUUUUAAAAGAAUUUACGUGCAACAUACUUUUAACAAGAAGCAGUUUUACAGAGUGAAUAGAAUGGAUUUUUGAUGCUAACAACUUUUAAGGAAGAAAAAAACACUAAAUUUUCUGUGUCAAUAUAAAAAUUUCAAAAAGGAAAUAAUCAAUCGACAUAAUGGAAAUUGAAUCUAAACUUAUGGUUGAUAAUGAUGAAUUACCACGAGAUGAGCGGAAAGAUAGCUGCAAACGUGGACGUCGGCCUGGUCGUCGGUCAUUAGAAAAAUCAGAUAUGAAAGCAAAACUAGCUGGUGAUAACAUAACCUCAUCUCAACCACUGAACGACUGCUGACGGCGAAGAUACUCAUGGCUGUUCCAUCAGGAGGACAUAACAUCAGUGUUCAACAUCGCUAAAAAGGAAGAAAAGGAAAAUCACGUUUCUGUGAUCAUCAGCUCCAAAUUCCACCGAACCGAGGUCUUCUUCAGAAAUGUUUUGAGGUUAGAAACAUAUAGCUCUAUCUCUCUCUAAAGAGCGCGAGAUCAGUUGUCACCGUCGCUGCGCGUCUAGUACCAAUUUUCGCUACCAGAGUGCAACACCAUCGACUCUGGAAAAACGUUGGUACCUAUGACUGAUCGGCCAUGGUAAUUUUGGCGCGUGUCUCAAGAAUCUGCUAGAGCGGGAGUUUUGAAAAUUGAAAAAGGAAUGAAGGUUUCUUUCUUUUCUCUCGAAAAUUUUGAUAAGCAUUACAAGCUAAAAAAACACAUACGUCCUCACAUGCCAAAAUGGCGCCGGGCCGAAACAAGCCUCCUGACAAGUGUCGCAGUAAUUUUGCAUGUUGCAAACAAAAACCUGCAACAACAGCAGUGUGCGUGAUCUGUGAUGAGGCAUAUCACCUUAGCUGCCUUAAGAACAAGAAUGAAAACUUUAAAUUCAUUGGUAAUAACCUUAUAGUAUGCUCUGAACACAGUGAUCGGAACAUAACCUCAAAAAUUGAUGAGGAUGUCCUGAGUGAGUCAGCAUCACUUUUAAUUGCACAGAUUAAACUAAAAAAAUCAGAAGAUGUGAGGUAUGACCUUCUGGCAGAAACUAGUAACAAGACUCAAGACUUGCAAGAAACUGAUUCCAUAGAUGAAAGUGACCUUGAACUGCUGAAAACGGAAAACAUGCUGUUAAGGAGAUUAGUUAGUGAAUUAACUGAGAAAAAUGACCUCCUAAAAGAAAAAUUGCAAAACACCAGAAGUAAAACUGACAACAAUGUCCUUACAUACUCAGAUGCCAUGAAGUACUCUAGACCAAUCCAUAAAAAAAUUCCUAAAAUAUCCGUAAGAAAAAACAACAAUAGUAAUAUAGAUGUUAUGAAGUCAGUUAUUGAAUGUCUAACAGCUGAAAAAAACAUCCAAACAAAGAACAUCUACGUAAAUAAAAAUGAAGAAGUCAUUAUAAGCUGUCUUAAUGAGAAUAGUGCGGUAUUGACAGAGACAGUACUAAAGGAAAAACUAGAGGACCAAUGUGAUGUCAUGAAAAAUGAACUCAACAACCCGAAAAUUAAGAUACUAGGUAUAGAUAAUCACGCAAAUAUGGAUAUCAAGGAUAUUGAAAAGGACAUAAACGAAAGGAACUUCAGUUAUUUUGAAAAGGGAGGACAAGUCCUACACAUGUAUAAGAAUAAUUAUAAUAGCUUGAGUACGGUCAUAAUGGAAGUCCCAGCUGACAUCUACAAGCAUAUAAGAGAAAAUAAUAAUAAAGUUUUUGUUGGAUAUCAGCAAUGCAAAGCCUAUGAUUUGGUUAACGUUUGCCCAUGUUUCAAGUGCGGUAGAUUUGGACACAGUGCCAGGAAAUGCCAAAAUGAGUUUCUGUGUUUGAAAUGUUCGGGGAAGCAUAAUACGUGUAAUUGUGAUAAAGAUUAUGCUAAGUGCAUUAACUGUCACUAUAGUAACACAAAAUACAAGUCAAAGUUAGACACAAAACAUCAUACUUAUGACUCUAACUUGUGCAGCAUCUUGAAAAAGAAAAUUGACAGAUAUAUUGACUCUAUUGAUUACCCGAUAAAACCUACUCUACCUGAAACUGAAUCGAUCUAUCACAGCAUAGAAUUGGCAAACAGGCGUAAAGUAUCCACAGAGGCUAAUAAUGUCGUAGAUAGUGAACAACAGGAAAAUGACACUCCACGCAACAAAACAAAGCCAGAAACUGGACACAACAGAAGACCAAUCACAAGACGUGAUCCACAAAUUCCACUGAACCAUCUAAAACCGCAAUCCUCUGCAUUGUCACCAGCCAACAAGAGUGAUAAAAACAAGAUCAAGAAAUAGAACGCAGCCGUCAAAGUGCCAGAGAAUGCAGAGCUAGGAAAAAGUUACGUUACCAAUACUUAGAGGAGCUCGUGAGUGAUAGAGAAAAAGCUGUAUUUGCAUUACGCAAAGAACUUGAUAUGUACAAAACAUGGAGUCAGGAAUUAGAUGCCGGACAUCUCCCUGAAGGAUUACAGACUGCAUUCGAAGAUUUUAUCACCAUAAAACAAGAAAAACAUUAAUUCAUAACUUUAGAUACUUUAAUUCUUAUAGAUGCAAUGUCAAGUAUUUUAGUAUUUUAUAUUAUAGUAUGUGUUGUAUAUUUGAAGAAUUAAACUAUGGUUUUGGCUUUACA